UAGUUUCUGUGUGUAGAGAUGCUUCAGUGUUCGACAUGUAAGAUGCCCUCUGAGAUUUAUUCCUUUCAUGGUAUGGCAUUUGUGAUCCAUAUGAUCAAUAAAAAGGAUGGUCAUGGAUACGCUUUCCUUUCUGCAAGCUAUCGCUGUUUUUGUAUUUUUGGCACAUACAACGAAUUUACAUGCAGAGUUUCAGAUCAGUAUUGGUCAAAGAUUAAAUCUUCACUUUGGACCCUAUCGGAUCGGUGACACUUAUCGAGGAAUAUGUGACGUGGAAAUAUUCCCUGAUGAUAAUAUAACGAACGUGGACGUCUAUUGGAAAGUUAAGAAUACUGACUAUUGUCACAACGGUCAAAAAAUAUGGCUAAAUUUGAACUAUACGUGUAAUGCAACUACGGUACAGAAUACAACUUACUUCGAACUUAGAGUUCCAGACCUGACAUUAGAAGAUGCUGGUACAUACGCUUGUAAAGUAAAGCAUAAAAUUAAAGGUAUCACGUCAACUUCUUCUGAAAAUAUUACAGUCAUAGAUCCUUCUAUCACAACACCAGAAUCAACAACCGUAACGACUCUUAAUGGCAGGGAUAACCAAACUACUUCUAUCAACUCUCGUCAUUAUGUUGUCAGCCGCUCUAGUUUAUAUUUGAUCCUCAGUAGAAACCAAACUUCUAUCAACUAUCGUCAUGUUGUCAGCCUCACUAGUUUAUAUUUGAUUCUCAGUAGAAACCAAACUUCUAUCAACUCUCGUCAUUAUGUUGUCAGCCUCACUAGUUUAUAUUUGAUUCUCAGUAGAAACCAAACUUCUAUCAACUCUCGUCAUUAUGUUGUCAGCCUCACUAGUUUAUAUUUGAUUCUCAGUAGAAACCAAACUUCUAUCAACUCUCGUCAUUAUGUUGUCAGCCUCUAG